AGCAUUCUCUUUUUAGACCAAAAAGAGAAGCUCACAGAAAAAGCGGCGCAUGACUCGAAGGAUUUCAAUGACAUUGAAAGCAAGACCUACGAUGAUAUCCCACCGAGGCCUUCAUCAAUCUCGUUACAGAUGAGCAUGAUUGAUUCACUGAAAUUGCCUCGGCGAAAACUGUUGGACACAGGCACACAAAAAGCAUAUUCUGUUGAGAAUGUCAACGAGGCGAGCGGCCAUGUUGGUGUGCUAUUGAAAACGGACAAUGCUGCAGGAUUUGGCAUGAACAUCCAGGGCAGUAUGAACGAGGGCAUUUACGUAAAAACAAUCGUCCCAAUGGGAGCAGCAGAUCAAACCGGUAACAUUCUUCCUGGUGAUCGCAUCAAAUCUUUGACUAUAAACUUCGACAACAUGGUAUAUGAAGACGCGUUGACGCUGUUGAGCUACGCUUCCCCGUACAAAGUCAAGUUUGAGCUUGAACGAAGAGUGGAAACUCCGCCACCGAUGGAUAAUGACGACACGUCAGGUGCACGAAUCCAUCCAUUGUUCCGCAGCAACACCUUAACACACAUUCACUUCAACCCGAUCGGGUAUGGUUUGUUCAAGAUGAUCCUGUUAUUCCCAUGCUCACCUUACUCUUGGCAUUACAGAGCAACGCAAGCCUUGUCUUUCGAAAAUCCUACCCACCAAGAACCCACACUAAUUGUGGAAGAAGAGAAAACAACCAAUCUAAUCCCAUUAGCAGAUACCGAUUUGUCAAAGAUGGAGAGCAGCGAUUAUGCUUCGGACAAUACGUCAGACUACCGCGAGAGUGAGAACGAAGGCUGCGGAAACGGAAACCAGCCAGCGAAAGUCGAUCCUGCGCCACCUCCUCCAACGCCACCUCCUCCAUCACCGCCUCCUCCUAUUCAGGAGUCCGUGGUCGACUGCCCUGUUCAGGCUCCUGCACGAACUUCGGAGUCGUCAUCUGGUCCACCAGAAAUUGUGGAGGCGAGAGUAUCAAGAAUACCCAAGAGAACAGAUAGCGUGAAAACACCUAUCAUUGAGAGAAAACUGCCUCCAUUACCUAAAUCCAUAACACAGCGCAGUCACAGUGCAGAGGAGAAGGAUGUGUGGAGUCGGCUGUAUACGGAUAAAAGAAACAUGCUCAGAAAGACUCGUGGCGAUGUAACUCCUAAAACUCCUUCAAGUACAGAUCAUGAGACCACCACUACUACAACGCCACCACAUUUCCCGUCAUCAUCUGGGCAGCUUCGUCCACCUACUGAUUUCAGGUAG